UCCUCACUAAGAUGAAACUGCCAGACCAGGAGGAGUCUGAAAGCUCCAAUGCCCAUGAAAAUGUUCCUGUAGAAGAGUUGGACAGCAGCCGUGGCCCUAGCACCAGCCCUGAUGGCCCCUCAGACACAGACAGCAGGGAAUUGGGGAUAUGCAAGGACCCUCUGCUCUUCAUUCAGCUGAAUGAGCUACUGGGCUGGCCCCAGGCAUUGGAGUGGAGAGAAACAGGCAGGUGGGUGCUGUUUGAGGAGAAACUGGAGGUAGGAGCAGGCCGGUGGAGUGCUCCCCACGUGCCCACCCUGGCACUGCCCAGCCUCCAGCAGCUCCGAAGCCUGCUGUCCCAGGGCCUUGUACUGCUGAAUUGUCCAGCUCAGAGUCUCCUGGAACUCGUGGAGCAGGUGAUCCAGGUGGAAUCACUGAGCCCAGAGCUGAGAGGGCAGCUACAGGCCUUAUUGUUGCAGAGACCCCGACAUCACAUCCAGACCAGAGGCACCAGGCCUUGUUGGGGAUCUACCCAUCCAAGAAAGGCUUCUCAUGAUGAGAAUGUUCCCCUGAAGGAACAGUGUCAAAACUCCCUGAUACAGAAGCUGCCACCAAGGGCUGAGGCAGCAGCUGUGCUGGCAGGAGAACUGGGCUUCCUGGCACAGCCAUUGGGGGCCUUUGUGCGACUACGGGAGCCUGUGGUGCUGGGGCCACUUACUGAGGUGCCCAUCCCCAGCAGGUUUUUCUGCCUCCUCCUGGGCCCCCCCACACAUGGAAGGGGUUACCAUGAAAUGGGUAGGGCAGCGGCUGUCCUACUCAGUGACCCGCAAUUCCAGUGGUCAGUUCGCCGGGCCAGCAACCUUCAGGACCUUCUGGCGGCCCUGGAUGCUUUCCUAGAAAGAGUGACUGUGCUUCCCCCAGGUCGGUGGGACUCAACAGCCCGGAUCCCCCCGCCCAAAUGCCUGCCCUUUCAGCACAAAAGGGCCCACACAGAGGACAGGCACAGCCAUGAAUCACAUGAGCCUAGCCCAGAGUUGCAGCGGACCGGCAGGCUGUUUGGGGGCCUUGCCCAGGACGUGCGACGGAAGGCUCUGUGGUACCCAAGCGAUUUCUUGGACGGUCUGCACCCCCAGUGUUUCUCAGCUGUGCUCUACAUUUACCUGGCCACCGUCACUAAUGCCAUUACUUUUGGGGGUCUGCUGGGAGAUGCCACUGAGGGUGCUCAGGGAGUGCUGGAAAGUUUCCUGGGUACAGCCGUGGCUGGAGCUGCCUUCUGCUUAAUGGCAGGCCAGCCUCUCACCAUCCUCAGCAGCACAGGGCCAGUACUGGUCUUUGAGCGCCUGCUCUUCUCUUUCAGCAGAGAUUACAGCCUGGACUACCUGCCCUUCCGCCUGUGGGUAGGCAUCUGGGUGGCCACCUUUUGCCUGGUGCUGGUGGCCACAGAGGCCAGUGUGUUGGUGCGCUACUUCACCCGUUUCACCGAGGAAGGUUUCUGUGCCCUCAUCAGCCUCAUCUUCAUCUAUGAUGCCCUGGGCAAAAUGCUGAACCUGACCCGAACCUAUCCCAUCCAAAGGCCUGGGUCCCCUGCUUAUGGCUGCUUCUGCCAAUACCCAGUCCCAGGAGGAAAUGAAUCUCAAUGGACAAGAACAAAGCCAAAAGACAGAGAUGACCUGUUAAGCAUGGACCUAGGCCUGGUCAAUGCAUCCUUGCUGUCUCCACCUGAAUGUACCCAGCAAGGAGGCCACCCUCGUGGCCCUGGUUGUCAUACAGUCCCAGACAUUGCCUUCGUCUCCAUUCUCCUCUUUCUCACCUCCUUCCUCUUUGCCAUGGCCCUCAAGCAUGUAAGGACCAGUCGCUUCUUCCCCUCCAUGGUGCGCAAGGUGCUUAGUGACUUCUCCUCAGUCCUGGCCAUCUUGCUGGGCUGUGGCCUUGAUGCCUUCCUGGGCCUAGCCACACCGAAGCUCAUGGUGCCCAGAGAGUUCAAGCCCACGCUCCCUGGGCGUGGCUGGCUUGUGUCGCCUUUUGGAGCCAACCCCUGGUGGUUGACUGUGGCAGCCGCCCUGCCUGCCCUGCUGCUGUCUAUCCUCAUCUUCAUGGACCAACAGAUCACAGCAGUCAUCCUCAAUCGCAAGGAAUAUAGACUUCGGAAGGGAGCUGGCUUCCACCUGGACCUCUUCUGUGUGGCUGUGCUGAUGCUGCUCACAUCAGUGCUUGGGUUGCCCUGGUAUGUCUCAGCUACUGUCAUCUCCCUGGCCCACAUGGACAGUCUUCGGAGAGAGAGCAGAGACUGUGCCCCUGGGGAGGCCCCCAGCUUCCUGGGCAUCAGAGAACAGAGGUUGACGGGCCUGGUGGUAUUCAUCCUUACAGGUGUCUCCAUCUUCCUGGCACCUGUGCUCAAGUUCAUCCCAAUGCCUGUACUCUAUGGCAUCUUCCUGUACAUGGGGGUGGCAGCACUUAGCAGCAUUCAGUUCAUGAAGAGAGUGAAGCUCUUGUUGAUGCCAGCAAAACAUCAGCCAGACCUGCUGCUCUUGCGGCAUGUACCUCUGAGCAGAGUCCACUUCUUCACAGCUAUCCAGCUUGCCUGCCUAGGUCUGCUUUGGAUAAUCAAAUCUACUCCUGCAGCCAUCAUCUUCCCCCUCAUGUUGUUGGGCCUGGUAGGAGUCCGAAAGGCACUGGAAUGGGUCUUCUCACCACAGGAACUCCUCUGGCUGGAUGAGCUCAUGCCAGAGGAGGAGAGGAGCAUUCCUGAGAAGGGGCUGGAGCCAGAGCACCCAUUCAGUGGACAUGCCAGUGAAGAUUCAGAGCUGAUGUAUCAGCCAAAGUUUCCAGAAAUCAACAUCUCUGUGAAUUAGCUGGAGUAGGAGCUUGGGAGUGGAGAUCUCAGGAAACUAAGGAUGAGGUGCUAAAUUCUACCCAAGGACUGUCCAAGGAUUCACUGAUCAUUCAUCCUUGCAUUCAUUCAGCAAAUAUGUGUUAAAUACCUAUUAUACAGCCAAGCGUGGUGGCCCACACUUGUAAUCCCCGCAGCUCAUGAGGCUAAGGCAGGCUGAUUGUGAGUUCAAAGCCAUCCUCAGCAACUCAGCAAGACCCUAUCUCUAAAAAAUAUAUAAAAAAGGGCUGAGGAUGUCGGUCAGUGGUUAAGCCCCGUGGGGUUCAAUCCUGGGUACCAAACAAACAAACAAAAAAUAAAACAAAAACAAAAACCAAUUAAAAAAAAACAAAACAACAACAACAACAACAAAACUCUAUUAUAUGUCAGGCAGUGUUUUAUGUGUAGGAUUUCAAUGGCAAAUAAGACAAGAUGUUUACUCUCCUAGAGUUUCCAUUCUAGUAGGGAAUACAAAAUAAAUAACAAUAUAUACACAAGAUAAUAUUGGACAGUGAUGAAUGUAGUACUCCAGGUUAAUGUGAUAGUGAGGAAGGCCUUGGUGGUGGCUAUUUUAAUAUAGGGAAUGAUAAGGGCCUCUUUGAGAAAAUAACAUUUGAGCAGAGACCUGAAUGACAAAAAUGAGUCAGACUUGGUAAUAGGGGAGAGGAUGUGGAGGGGAAGCAUUCAUGGGCAAAGGAAUAUGUCUUUCAAAGUCUUUAAGUCAGUGAGAAUUUUAGAAUGUUUAAGAAACUGAAUGAGGGCCUGGGUUGUGGCUUAGUGGUAGAGUACUUCCCUAGCACGUAUGAGGUACUGGGUUUGAUUCUCAGCACUGCAUAAAAAUAAAUGAAUAAAAAUAAAUGUCUAUCAAUAUUCAAAAAAUAUUUUUAAAAAACUGAAUGAAGGCUCAUGGAGCUAGAGUAGAGUGAGGGAGAGAAUACUGCAAGAUGAUGUUAGAAAGGGUGAGGAUUAGGGUUGUAGGCUAGUAUAAUGAAUACCUUAGAAAAGCAAUGUGGGCGAGGUCUUGUCACUUGGGGUAAAAAUAGUAGGGCCCAACCCAGAGUAGCCAAAACAAGCUUGAAAAUAAAAAUCCAAGUUGGAGAACUUGUCAUUUAUGAUUUUAAAACUUUCUACAAAGCUAUAAUAAUCAAGACAGUGUGUGGUAGUAGCAUAAGGCAGACAUAUAGAUUAACAGGACAGAAUUGACAGUCUGGAAACAAACCCUCAGGAUUACGAUCAAUUAAUUUUUCACAUGGUUGCCCAGAUAAUUUAAUGGUGAAAAGAUAAUCUUUUCAAUACAUGACACUGGGAAAACUGGAUACCCACAUGCAAAAAAAUGAAGUUGAACCCCUACUUCACACCAUAUGCAAAAACUAACUCAGAAUGGAUCAAUGACCUUAAUGUAAGAACUAAAACACACUUUUUAAAAAAAAAUUUGUACCAGGAAUUGAACCCAUGGGCGCUCUAUCAUUGAGACACAUUCCCAGUCCUUUUUAUUUUUGAGACAGGGUUUCCCUUAGCUUUCCAAGCUGACCUUGAAUUUGCAAUCCUCCUGUCUCAGCCUUAUGAGUAGCUAGGAUUACAGGCAUGUGGCACACCACCUGGCUAAAACACUCUCUUAGAAGAAAACAUAGGCAUAAAUCUUUAAGACCUUGGAUUUAGCAGUGGUUUCUUAGAUAUGAUGACAAAAGUACAAGCAACAAAAUAAAAAAAUUAAUCAAACUUAAUAAAAAUUAAAAACUUCUCUGCUGCAAAUGACACUCAAGAACGUGAAAAAACACUGGUCAUGGUGGCACAUGUCGGUAAUCUCAGCG